AUGAAAAGUUGGCUGACCCAUGGUCCAGAUGCUCUUGGAGCUCAUAGCUCGCAGCCUCUUGGAGCUCAUAGAGGCAGAGGAGGUCCUGGUGGAAACCCAGGGCUCCUCCUCCUGGCUCUCUUUCCUGUUGCUGAGCACGGAGGACCCAGCUGCCAUUGUACACAGGGACAGUUCCACACCCUGUCCAUCACUGUGGUGCUAAGAUGGGAUCCUUCUGUGUUAGGAGGCCUCCUGAGAAACCAGAACAAGUUGAUGGGGAAGGCGGAGGACUCCUCCGAGAGGGGCCGGGACAGGCUUGGCCUCACUCCUAGGGAUGUCACCCGUCAUCAGAGCUCUGGUCACCGCUGCUUGUCCCCAUCACUGUCUGCAAGGCCAGAGGGAACACAGCUCCCUAUGAUAGAGUCACUGUUGUAUGAUUUUCGUGCUCUUUUUUUUAUAAUUUAUGCAAACCACCGAGAAACCUAA